AUGGAAUGGGAUGGCGCGACCGCCGCGGCUGGCCCGGCUUGCACGGUGCUGCCUCUUCCCGCAGGACGCCCGUGCCCGCCAAGCACCAGCACCAUCUUGCCAAGCUGGCAGGCUGACUGGUCGAAACGGGAAUGGUCCAGGACGCGGCCGCAGCCUGCGCUGAGCGUUGCCAGCCUUGUGGCAGUGCAGUGGCGGAGAAGCCAUCGGCGGACCCAGCGGCGAGCAGGCGACGGCACACCCGUCACACUGACGGAGGAGGCUGAGCUCUCGGAGGAGCUCUCCGAGGAGUCCUUGGAGUACUUGGAAGACGGAGAGAGAACGGCCGAACUCGCUCGGUCCCCGUCCGAGGCACAGACGCUGGUGAAGCAGGGCAAAGUGAGGAAUGCACACCUGGUCGAGCCCCCUAUGCCCGAAGGCAUCCGUGCGUAUACCCCGGGUGAAGGAUAUGGAUCAAAUGCCAUACCCUUCGCUGGUGUGUCGCCGAAGACCUCCAAGCGGCGCAAUGAGGGCAAUAGAAUGAAGGCUAUUGAGAUGCUUGAGCGGGCCAAAGAGGUUUCAGACCGCAAGAAAGAGGAGCUUGCAACACGCAGAAGUAGGGCACCUUCGCAAACACUUCCUGUACCAAGAGACCUUUUUGUAGAGCUGCAAGAGAAAGGAUGGUUAGAAGCACUGGGCGCGAGCGGCCUCUGCGUGGACGUGGAAGAGCCGGGUGCGGAGGCCCAUGCAAGGUGGAUUCAACUGAGCAUCUCGGGCGACGAGGAGGAGCAAGUUCGAGCAGGCGUCCUCAGGCUGAUGUCACUAAUGGUGCCGCGGCGAAUGGGAUCCGGUUCUGCUUGA